GCUGACUGGCAGCGAUCCGCCAUAAAGGCUCGAACACAAGCCUCCUCUCGCAAGUUGCUGCAACUAGAGAUCCGACCACGAGAAGCACAUCAGACCAGCCUGAAAACAGCGGAGUCAUGCUGCUUCUAACUCUACUUUUCGUGUCCUCAGCUGUGGCCACCCCUCUGCUGGGCACGGAGUGUGCUCGUGGACCAUCUUACUGGUGUCAGAAUGUUAAGACUGCGUCUCUGUGUGGUGCUGUGACUCACUGCCAGCAGAACGUCUGGAACAAACCCCAGAUGAAAUCCGUGCCAUGUGACUUGUGUAAAGAGGUGAUCAUGGUAAUCUUGCAUGUUUUGAAGGACAAUGCCACAGAGACUGAAGUUCUUGGCUACAUGGAGAAAGCCUGCCAGCUCAUUCCUGACCAAGGUUUGAGUGCAGAGUGCAAGGAAUUGGUUGAUGAUUAUUACCCCGUUGUCAUGGGCAUCGUCAUUGCAGAGCUGGAUAAUCCCGGUGUGGCUUGUGGAGCCGUUGGUUUGUGUCGCUCCCAGCAGAUGGCCUUGGCUAAGUUUCAUGACCAGCUCCUGUCCAAUGAGAUUCCACAGGUUGACCUUUCCCAGUCAGCGACGCCCUUCCUUCUCAAUGUGCCUGGGCUCUUGUACCCGCAGGAAACCCCCAAACCAGAAAGUCCAGUCGAAGGAAGUGAAGUUGUGUGCCAGGACUGCAUCAAAUUCAUGACUGAUGCACAAGCAGAAGAAAAGGCCAACACCUCAUUUGUUAACACUCUCAUUAUGAAAUUAGAGGAGAAUUGUGACAAGUUGGGACCCGGUCUGUCAGACAUGUGCAAGCAGUACAUCAGCCAGUAUGGCAGCCUUGUUCUUCAGAAGGUCUUUUCCAUGGAUCCCAAGGCUUUCUGUUCCACUGCUGGCUUCUGUAGUGCUGACAAAAAGUCCACUCCCAUGUUGAAGCUGCAGGCUCCCAAGAUCUUGCCUGCUCUCAGUCUUGUUCCUGCCACCAAGGUGGAAUCUGCUGCAAAGUUGACUAAACCUAUGGUGCGAGUUCGGGAUUCCCCCACAUGUGCAAUCUGUGAGUUUGUGAUGAAGCAGUUGGAAGACAUGUUGGAAGAUCAGACAACUGAGAAGGAGGUGAUUGCAGCUGUGGAGAAAGUUUGUACACAUUUGCCCUCCACCCUGAGUGUUCAGUGCAAGGACCUUAUCGAGACCUAUGGCCAGGCCAUCAUUGAAUUGCUGGUGCAGCAGGCCGACCCCAAGACUGUUUGCACUCUUUUGUCAGUCUGCAAUGAUGCCACACGUGCAUAUGUCCAUGCCCUUGAUGAGACGGUCUUCAAAAGUGGUGGCUACUGCAAAGUGUGCAAGAUGGCUGUCGCCUACAUUGAUGGAAUCCUUGAAAAGAAUGCAACUGAGGGACAGAUUGAAGAGGCAGUCUUAAAAGUUUGCAGUUUCCUACCGGACUCUUUCCAGACAGAGUGUGACCAGCUGGUUGAACAGUACGAGCCAAUGCUUGUGCAGAUGCUCCUUCAGAUGCUCGACCCUGAUUUUGUGUGCCUGCAAGUGGGUGCCUGUCCUGAGGCACUGCGCAGACUGCUGGGAAGAGAGCAGUGCACUUUGGGACCUUCAUUCUGGUGCAGGAACAUGGAGACAGCAACCCAAUGCGAUGCUGUCGCUCACUGCAAACGCCACAUGUGGGCAUAGAAGAGGAUCAGCGCCUACUGACACUUUUUAGGGAAUUAACUUUAUUGCUGCUUCCUACUUCAACUAUUUGUUUGUUCUUUCCUGUACUAGACUAUGUUUUACUUUUAUUGUGAUUUGUGGAAAGGGACAGGACUCUUUCCCCCUCUGGGGCAUGUGUGCGUGUUAAUUACAUGUACACAGAUGUGCUUUCUGAAAACAGGCCAAUUUACCACUGUAAGAUUGAUCAGUUUGGCAUAUUUGAGUUGUAUUCUUGUGCUUGCUGCAUCUGUAGUGAUGAAGUUAGGUUUCACAUGUGGUACCAUGUCAAGAGCAACGGGUUGUUGUUAAGGCCUUUUCUCCUUGCAGGAGCAAGCAGAUGUUUUAUGAAAAAAUGACCGAUAGAUUAAACCUUUAGCAGCUUGCUGGAUUCUAAAGCAAAUGUAAAAAACAAUUUUUCUUGUCAGUCAUGUUUUAUUGAUUUUGUUUUGUUUAUUUUAGGAGAUAAUAGGAUGUGACAUGGCCUUGAGUGUUCCUUCCAUUGUUUGCACUUUCACAGCCGUUUGUAACUGGUAGUAGUUUUGUACCAAGCAUCUUUCUGUUCUGCUUCAUAUCUUGAGCCCAGUUGUAAGGUGAUCUGGAAAUUAUUAAAAUGAUCUAAAUCACUGGAA